AUAUCUUACAUGACAUUAAUGGCAUGUGACACUUCCAACUCGUUUCAGUCCAUAGACUCCCCAUUACCUUAACCCCUAAAGUUCCUCUUAUAAAUUGAGACCAAAGUUGCAAGAAAAUUCCUCUGUAGUGAAAGACCUUGAUCUUAGAUCCAUUGCCAAGCUCUCCAAGUUCAACAAUGGAGCUCUUCAAUAUGAAAGUAUUGGGUUUUCUUGCAGUUGUUUUUAUGGCAAUUAUGGGUGAGAUUAAGGGAGAUGCUUAUGGUAAUCAGGCACCCCCUCCACCUUUUGCUGUGUCCGGGAAAACACAGCCUCCACAAAGGCUGAGCUGCUUCAAAGCAAAGACAACAUGUUUCCGGCGGACGAUCGUGUGCCCAGAUCAAUGCCCACAAUUCAAGCCCGCCGAUCCAACGGCCAAAGCUUGUUAUGUGAAUUGUAACUCACCAACAUGUGAAGCUGUGUGCAGAAAUCGAAGGCCUAACUGUGAGGGAACUGGGGCAGCAUGUUACGAUCCACGUUUCGUGGGUGGCGACGGCGUCAUGUUCUACUUCCAUGGCCGCACUGGUGGACACUUUGCCCUCGUCUCCGAUCCCUCCUUCCAAAUCAAUGCCCGCUUCAUUGGCCUCCGCCCCUCUCACCGCACCCGAGACUUCACUUGGAUUCAGGCCCUAGGCUUCAUGUUAGGCUCCCACUCCCUCACCCUCUCAGCAAAGAAAGCCUCUCACUGGGAUCCAAAUGCUGAUCACCUCGAAUUCGCCUACGAUGGACACAAACUUGAACUUCCAGCCACCCACCUCACAUCCUGGAGCUCUCCAGAAAAUGAUUUCAGCAUUGAGAGGACUGCGGUAACCAACUCUGUGUCAGUAACUCUAACAGGAAAGGCAGAAGUUUCUGUCAGGGUGGUGCCGGUAACGCCGGAGGACGACAAGAUUCACAGAUACGGGAUUCCAGAGGAUGACUGCUUUGCACAUUUGGAGGUGAGGUUCAAGCUCUUAGGUAGUUUCUCUUUGGAAGUUGAAGGAGUUUUGGGAAAAACAUACAGGCCAGGAUUCAAGAGUCCGGUGAAGAGAAGGGUGGCAAUGCCAGUUAUGGGAGGAGAGGACAAGUAUGAGACAUCGUCAUUGGUAGCGGCAGACUGUAACGUUUGCGUGUUUUCGCCAGAAAAUGUGUCAGCAGAGAGUGUUGAGAUGGCUGUUCAAAACGGCACGACUGAUUUGGAUUGCACUGGUAGACUGGGCAAUGGAAAUGGAAUCGUUUGCCGAAGAUAAAUGAAUGCUAGCAAUGAAGUUUGAAUGAUUUUGAAUUUACCUUAGCAUAGUAAUUUAAUCUUGGUUCUUUUUCUCAUUUUGUUUUUUCCAUGGAAGUGAAAAUAUGUGGAAUCAGGUUUCCUUUGCUUGUGA